AUGGCAGAUAUGCUGCAGGAGAUGAGCGAGCAAGAGAUCCCAGAGACGAACUGCACACGUCUAUCGGAGUGCCUGAUAACCAAUGUCGACUUACCGGAUUCCUUUACUCAAUGGUUCUCAGCCGCGGCAUAUCACACUGCCAGCACAGCCUACGUGAUUACUGCGUAUGCAGAUGUUGCAAUUGUGGCUUACUCCAAAAGCCAAACCGUCCAGGCUGCCAAUCUCGAACUUUGUAGGGGUGUCUUUCUCCAGAUCUAUGAAAAUGAUGCGGGACGCGCUGCGCGAAUCUGGGAAAGGCUCAUCAACACCUAUCGCGGAAAUCGAUCGGAGGGGGAGAUGGCUGCUGUGCUGCGGGUUGUCUCUCAGCUUCUGGCCACUCAUUACCUUAACCAAGCCAUGGAAGUAGGUGUCGAAUCUGCGGAGGGCCGGAGAUACGGCGAGAUGCUGGAAUUACUGGCGCAGGGGAAAGCCCCCCACCUAAGUGACACUAGCUACUCGAAGGGGAUAAACAGGAGGGAUGGUAUACAGGCAGACUGCUUUGUGACAAAUUCGGAGGUUGGAUUGAUCAUGGGGAAUUACUACCAGGUUUCUGGUCGAGAGGUCGAGGCGAUAGCAGGUCGGAUGGAUAGUAGCCUCAUCUCAGGGAUGUAA